GUACCGGAGGCGGGGAUGGCGGCUGCAUCGGCUCCUGGACGGGAACGGGGCGGGGAGUGGGGCGCUGGGGCGGAGCCACGGGAGCCCGGGGAGCCGGGGGGGCCGGGUCGACUAUCCCUGUACUUUUGCGGGAGCAUCCGAGGCGAGAGGCAAGACCGGGCCCUUUACGGGCGCAUCGUGUCAAGACUGCGGCGCUUCGGGGUGGUGCUCACUGAGCACGUGGCGGCCGCCGAGCUGGGCGCGCGCGGAGAAGAGGCAGCAGGGGGUGACAGACUCAUUCAUGAGCGAGACCUGGCUUGGUUGCAACAGGCAGAUGUGGUGGUGGCCGAAGUGACGCAGCCUUCCCUGGGUGUGGGCUAUGAGCUGGGCCGGGCUGUGGCCAUGAACAAAAGAAUCCUGUGCCUGUUUCGCCCUCAGUCUGGCCGAGUCACCUCUGCCUCUGCUCUUCCUCCAGUGCUCUCGGCCAUGAUCCGUGGGGCUGCUGAUGGGACACGGUUUCAGGUGUGGGACUAUGAAGAGAAUGAAGUGGAGACGCUGCUGGACCGGUACUUUGAGACUGAGCCCCCUGAGCCUGGGGCUGCCUCCCCCUCUCCAACUUCUUGACCUAAUCUUGAUAUCUAAAUUUCUACCCCAAAUCUGCUUGAUUCUGCUUCUUCUAUGUGCCAUUCUUAGCCCCUCUCCCCAGUCCUGAAUUAAAAAGUGUGUUCAAGUUGUA